UUAAAACAAUUUUUUAACCAGCAGAUCAGACCACCUUCAUCAUCUUUUUAUGCAAUGUUUGGAGAGUUGUGGCCACACCCACUCAUUCAUUGACAAAACUAAACAAGCAAAUCUGAAUAUUUUGAAAGAGAGAGAGAGAAAUGGCAUCUGUUGCUUUGACUUCUCUCAGUGCAACUAUGAAGUUGGAGUUUCAGCAACCCAACAAUCCAAGGGUUUCUCUUGAUGAUGAAGCAUCCAUAUCAAUCAAUUCUUUGUUUGAAAAGAUUUCAUCUUUGCAAGCUUCUGUGCAAGAGAAAUCUGGGGGUGGCCCUGCAACCAGAGAUUUGGAGAUGAAGAUCAGAGACUUUGCACUGGAGGCCGAAGAUCGCAUCGAAAUACAACUCAGCAACUUUCUUCUGGCCAAGAACGCAGAGGACCAACAAAAAGCUUCUCAGCAACUCUUCCAGAUCUUGCAAGAAGCGGCAGAAAACGCAGCAGAGUUGCUGAAACUUAGCAGCAGCAUAAGCAAAGAAGCAGUGAAGAAUGAAAGUGAAGGACCAAUGAUUCCUUGGAUUAAACAUUCUCCGGUGAUGCUUGAGGGGGGCACAAUGGUGGGUCGUCGCCGUGAUCAUAUGCAGAUAGUGGAUAAACUCGUCCGGGAUGAUGACUGGGCAUUUGAGUUCAAAGUAAUCACAAUUCUCGGUAUGACCUGUAUAGGAAAAACAACUUUAGCUACGAGUGUAUAUAAUGAUCCAAUCGUUACAUCCCACUUCGAUGUACGAGGUUGGGUUACUAUGUCUGGGGAAUACAACAAGAGCCAAAUGCUACACGACCUUCUUUGGACACUAACAAAGGAGACAAACAUUCCUGAUGAUGAUGAUGUAGCAGCUAGGCAGGUAUACAACUUCUUGAGAGGUAAGAGGUUUCUAAUUGUUUUGGAUAACUUAUGCAACACUCAAGCUUGGUAUGAUAUAAGAGGAUGUCUUCCUGAUAAAGAUGAUAAUGGAAGUCGCAUAGUGCAAACCACUAUGCAUUUAAGAAGGGAUUACUUUUACAGGAAUUUCGGUGAGGAAUAUUGUUCCCUAAAUGUUUAUGUCCAUCCCAUGCCUUUGCUAAAUUCAGAAGAAAGUUGGGAUUUAUUUUGCAAUAAUCCUUUUUUAGAACGACAUAAUAUGGCAUCUAAAUUUGAAAAAAUUAGGAGCCAAGUUGUAGAGAUAUGUGAAGGAUUGCCGCACUCAAUUGUUGUAGUUGCAAAGCGUCUAUCUAAAUGUGACAACAUACAACAAGAAUGGAAGAAGGUUGAAAAGGAAAUAGAGUUGAUUGGAGUUCUAGAUAGCAGGGCACUCACCCUCACUUACCAUCAAUUGCCACAACAUUUGAAAGUUUGCUUUCUAUAUUUUGGAGUUUUUCCAAAACGUAGUGCAAUCAAAAUGAAACUACUUAUUAGGUUAUGGAUUGAUGAGGGAUUUAUUGAGCCUUUGGAUAAUAAGGGUUUAGAAAAUCAAGCUUAUGAGUAUUUAAAAGAGUUUAUUGAUAGAAGUCUUAUUCUAAUCGACAAUUGGAGUUUUGAUGAAAAAAUUAAGAAUGGUAGGAUUCACAGUGCCUUCCAUAGCUUUUGCGUAAGAGAAGCUCAGAAAGAGGGCAUUUUAUGUUCUUUAAAUACUCGGCAACUUCCACAAGAGUCAUUUAGCAUGUUUGCAAAUUCAUGCCGUUGGUUAAGUUUAUACACACAUAAAUUUGACUAUUAUGUGUUGUUAAAAACAAACAACCCUCGUUCUAUUUUCUUCUUUCAAGAAGAUGCUGAAAUAUUUGUAUCUUUCAAGUUGCUUAGAGUUUUAGCUUUUGUUCCAUCCUCGUUUCUUCAAAGAGUGCAAACACGCUUACAGGAUUUAGUUUUCUUGAGAUACCUAUCUGUAUCUGAAUGGUUUGAGGGUCUUGAGUAUGUAGUGUCAACUAAUCGAAACUUGCAGACACUUGUUGUUUCUAGUAAUGAAUCCAAACUUGGAGCCCCUCCGCCUCUCCAUUUGCCUUCUACAAUUUGGGGGUCAUCUCAGUUACAACAUCUUGAACUUGACAAAUCUUAUGUGAUUGAUCCUCCAAGCAUGGAUAAAGAUAAUAUGCAGACAUUAUCUUGGGUGUGUCCAACUCAUUGCAGAACAGGAUUAUAUUGCAGGUUUCCAAACAUUAAAAUUUUGAAAAUCUUUGUAUCUGACAGCAGUCCAAUUAUUUUCGAUAAUCUAGAAUGUUUGAAACGACUUGAGAGGCUAACAAUUUCAGUUUCGUUAGGCCAUGUUGUAACCCUUCCAAAACCAUCUGUGUUUCCUUCACAACUAAAGAAGUUGAGGUUGAAUGGUAUUAACCUUUCGGAGUUGAGGUUGAAUGGUAUUAACCUUUCGGAGAGGGAUUUAACGGCAAUUGGCAUAUUGCCUCAGCUUAAAGUUCUCAAGUUGAAAAAUGUGUUUCAUGGGAAAGUAUGGGAAGUAGAAGAAAGUGGAUUUCAUAAUUUAAAAUUCUUGCUUCUUGAAGAUAAAACGCUCAAGCAAUGGAGAGCUGAUAAAUAUUCAUUUUGUUAUCUUGAGCGGUUAGUCCUAAGAUUUUGUUAUGAUUUGAAAAAAAUUCCUUAUAUAAUGGAAUAUAGUCGUUACUUGAAGUCAAUUGAGUUGCAGCAGUGUUGUCCUUCCGUUAUCACGUCUGCAGAGGAUAUCCAACGAUCUAAAAGGGCAACUAGCAGAUACGAAAUAAAUUUUGAGAUCAAAAUCAGAUGAAUCACAAUGUACACACAUAGAAGAGUCUAUACCUUCAGAUGUUGAAUGACAAGCUAAGAUAUCUGGGAAGAAUAUCUCAGGUCGAAUAAUCAAAUGAAAAGAAGAGCUGAAGAUCGAUGAUGACUAUUAUAAAACUGAUCUAGAUUUAGAACAUGUUGUACACAUACGAGAGUCGAUUCUUGUUGUUUAGUUAAUUGUGUUCCAAUUGUCUAAGUAUGUUGUUGGGUUGUGAUUAUAUGUUUUCUUGCACUUUGUGGAUAUUGCAUGCACUUUUUGGGUGUGAAAAUAUUUUCAAUAUUUGUCAAGAGAUUUGUAAUUC